AUGAGCGAUAUGGCGGUGGACUCGCCUCCCCGCAAGAGACUGUCGCCGGACAGCGAUGACGUUCCGGUAGCGAUAAAACGGCAAAGAACAAACUCAACGCACACCGUCGCACCAAUCCCAGAUGUCGAGAAGACUGCGCGGAAGCCUGCUCUUCCCACCUUCAACGAGCAGUCGCGCAUGGGUAUACGGCGCGGCAUCGUGCUGGCGCUGAACCACGUUGGAUUCGAUACUGCAACGGAUGAGGCUCUCGAGAGCUUCACCCAGAUGACGGAGACGUAUAUCACAUCUAUCAUGGAGAACGUCAAGGUUCUCGCCAACGCCUCCCGGCGUACACAGCCCAUUCCUACCGAUUUCGAGGCCACUUUACAAGCAUUCAACCUCGAUCAAUCCCAUUUGAAGCCACAUACAAGACCGCCAAUUCCCAAGCGAGAUCUCAAGCCUGUCUAUUCGACACAGUUGUUCCUUGAUGGCGGAGACGUGCUCGACCUGCCAUGCUUGGACGAGGAGCUGAGUGGGAAGCCGGACAAGGACGCCAAGAUCUUCAUACCAAAGUCAUUCCCCGACUUUCCGAGUAUACAUACCUACAAGUACACGCCCACAGAUGUCGAGUCCGUUACGGUGCACAAGAGCAUCGCCGAGGAGAAGGAGGGCACGGCGAAGAAAAACAUCCCCGAUUGGAGAGGUGAUCCAAAGAAGAUCAGAGAGGCGGCCGCACGAGAGGCGAAGCAGGCAGAGGAGGCGCUUAGAGGGCUUGUCCGUGCUAGCAAAAUCGCCAAUCUCAAGGACCUGCGGAGCGUGGCCGAACGAAAUUCGAACUCUAAGGAGAGGUACGAGCUCUGGGAGGCUGCCAUGCGCGAUCUCCUGGAAGAGUCAGGUGCGGUGCAUGGUGCUCCCAAAGGUGCGAUGGGGUCGGGUGCCGCAAGAGUCGAGAUCGCAGAUCAUAGCAUGAUUGUGAACUCACAGAAGAAGUUCCACCGGAGAGAGAUACCCAGGACGGCCAAGAGACUUGUUGGGAAGGGUUGA